UUCCUAACCAAACUUGAAGGAAAAAAAUGAAGGGUCUGUAUUUCCUUUCCCACUUCAAAGAUUCCAAUGACACAACACAAACACACCCAAGUGACCAACCAAAUUAAAUUUCUACCUUCCCCUCUCUCUAUAUAUAUCCCCAAUUCGCGUACACUUUGAGAUACUCUUAUCUAAAAUACCCUUCCUGUAUUUCUUGAAUUCAUACCUCAACCAAAAUCCUGCAAUGCCGUCUGUGCACUCUAGCCCCUUCUACCACAUGGAGAACUCGGCUAUAUUGAAUUUUCUCCGGCAUAGUCACACACCGGGCCAAAAACGUUCAUCAAAGUCCUCAUCCGGAGGCCUUCUCAAGAUGUUCAAACUCUUCCCCAUGUUGACAUCAGGCUGCAAAAUGGUGGCCUUGUUGGGAAGACCCCGAAAGCCUUUACUUAAGGACAAUGCCACCACAGGUACAAUUUUCGGGUAUCGAAAAGGCAGGGUAAGCCUGGCCAUACAAGAAGACCCUCAUUGCAUGCCACUCUUUGUGAUAGAGCUGCCAAUGCACAGUAGUGUGUUCCACAAGGAAAUGGCAUCGGAUAUAGUCCGAAUCGCGCUGGAGAGCGAGACCAAGACGAACAAGAAGAAGCUGCUGGAGGAGUUCGUUUGGGCUGUGUAUUGUAAUGGAAGAAAGGUGGGGUAUUCGAUUCGGAGGAAGCAAAUGUCAGAGGAUGAGCUUCAUGUUAUGCAGACUUUGAGGGGUGUUUCAAUGGGGGCAGGGGUGCUUCCAAGCCCGUCCGAAAAAGAAUAUGCAUCAGAUGGGGAACUGACCUACAUAAGGGCAAGGUUUGAGAGGGUUGUUGGAUCAAAGGACUCCGAGGCUUUGUACAUGAUCAAUCCAGAUGGGGCUGCAGGGCCAGAAUUAAGUAUUUUCAUUGUAAGAGCUCACUAGCCAGCACAAACUUGUUUUCCAUUUUCCUUAAUCUAGGUUAUAUUAAUGUUAUGUAAACGAAGGUUUUCAGAAGUUUGAAACCAUGGAAAUGUUAUAUCCAAUAUGCCAAA